AUGGAGAUCCUGUGCCAGCGGGAAGGCUGGUCUGACCCCAAGCCCUCUUCUGAUGAGUCUGUGUUCCUGGAAGCUUUUGGCACGGGCCCGUCUACUUCUUCGGGUCGACCUGGCAGAAAAGGAUUUCCUGGACAUCCUGGCCCUGAUGGUCCAAAGGGUGAACCUGGUGAAAUUGGAAAGGCUGGAAGUGUUGGUGAACGGGGUUUGAUGGGUUUUAUUGGGCCUGUUGGAGAAACUGGCAUCAUGGGUGAAAAGGGAGACCGUGGUGAGAUCGGACCUCCAGGCCCCCCAGGAGAAAAGGGAUCGAUGGGGCACCCUGGCAUUCCUGGUGAAACUGGCCCUCCAGGACCAGAAGGUCCUCCAGGCCUUCAGGGAAAUCGUGGUCCACCUGGAGAAAGAGGAGUAAAAGGCCGACGAGGUGCCAGAGGGCCAGAUGGACCAGUUGGAGAGCAGGGAUUACCUGGUGCCAAGGGAUCUCCAGGAGAACAAGGAAAACCUGGUCUGGAUGGACAACAGGGUAAGAUUGGCAAUCCUGGAGAGACUGGGCUGCCAGGCUUUUUAGGUGUUCAAGGACCAUCUGGACUACCAGGAGCUAAAGGACCUCCUGGAGACCCGGGCUCAGUUGGGCCACAAGGAUCACCAGGACCUUUAGGAGAAAUUGGACCAAAGGGCCCACCUGGCAUCCAAGGAGAGCCAGGCCUUCCAGGGGAGCCAGGAGAGAAGGGCUAUGUGGGACCUCCAGGCAUUGUUGGAGAAACAGGACUAAUAGGACCAAGGGGCGAAACUGGGCCUGAAGGUGAUACUGGAUCCAUAGGACCUGAUGGGCUGAAGGGAGAGAAGGGUGAGAGAGGUCCUGAGGAAGAGAUAGGUGAAAAAGGAGCUGAAGGCCUAAAAGGAAAAGAAGGGCCUCCCGGAGAUCCUGGAAUCACAGGUGUUCGGGGUCCUGAAGGGAAACCAGGGAAGCAAGGUGGAAAAGGCAAGCAAGGGGGAAAGGGUAGUAAAGGUCAAAUGGGCUUCUUAGGAGAGACAGGGCCUCUUGGAGAGACAGGUCCACCAGGAAAUCCAGGACCAAAGGGAUCUCGAGGAACAACUGGAGCAAUGGGUGCUCCAGGAAGGAUGGGUCCUCAGGGUGAGCCAGGUAUCCCAGGAUAUCAGGGGCAUGCUGGACCACAAGGGAUGGUGGGUGUACCAGGACCAAAAGGAGAAAAGGGAGAGCAGGGAGAUGAUGGGAAGACAGAAGGUCCUGCAGGGCCACCAGGAGACCAGGGUCCCCUUGGAGAGCAAGGAGACAGAGGUGAGCCUGGCGACCCUGGAUAUCCUGGUCAAGAAGGAGUAGAAGGAGAAAGAGGGAAAGCAGGGCAGCAAGGUUUGCCAGGUGACCCUGGACCAUCAGGACAGCCAGGACCAAAAGGAUCCAAAGGUGCUGAGGGAUUAAAAGGAAAACGUGGUUUGCGUGGUGAACCAGGAAGUCGAGGAAGUCCUGGGCCAGUUGGACUUCAGGGUCCAAGAGGUGUAGUUGGAAGGCAAGGACAAGAGGGUGUCCCUGGAGUGGAUGGUGUUCCUGGAAAGGAUGGAACUUCAGGUGUAAAGGGGGAACAAGGAGAUGAUGGAGUAAUUGGGCCAGCAGGAAAGGCAGGACCACAAGGAAAACCUGGUUUAGCUGGACUUUCUGGACCUCAGGGGUCUCAUGGACUGCGGGGUGAGAGAGGAUUACCUGGAGAAAGUGGCAUUGCAGGAAAACGUGGAGCUGAAGGAGUAAUGGGACCUCCAGGAAGCCCUGGCAACUCAGGACAAAAAGGACAGCCGGGAGACCCAGGGGAGGCUGGCUUUCCAGGACUAAUGGGCUUAUUUGGACCAAAGGGGCCUGAUGGAGAUACAGGAUUUGCUGGGAUUCAGGGUCCAAAGGGACCCUCUGGCUUGAUGGGUAAAAAUGGUGUUAUGGGUCCUAUUGGAAUUAUUGGUCCAACGGGUAGUCCAGGACCAAAAGGAGACAGAGGAAACCAAGGUGAAACGGGUUUGCAAGGUCCAAAGGGUUCGCCAGGACCUCAAGGACCACCUGGACCUCCAGGUCCCCCAGGAAUUCCUUUACCAUUGAAACAAGAAGCUCUUGGCGAAGUUUUACAGAUGAUUGUGCAGUCCAGCCCAUCACUCAAGAUAGAGAGCAUUCAGAACACGGACAUUCCAAUGCUAGAUCAGGGAAGUGAGAUCUUCAAGACCUUGCACUACCUCAGUAACCUGAUCCACAGCAUUAAAAAUCCAGUUGGAACCCGUGAUAACCCAGCACGUAUCUGCCACGAUCUAAUGAACUGUGAACAUAAAAUGAAUGAUGGUAUUUAUUGGAUUGAUCCAAAUCUUGGUUGCACAUCUGACACUAUUGAAGUUACCUGUAAUUUCACCAAAGGAGGACAGACCUGUCUCAAACCCAUCACAGUCUCUAAGAUGGAGUUUGCAGUAGGGCGUGUCCAGAUGAACUUCCUCCACCUGUUGAGCUCUGAGGCUGUUCAACACAUUAUCAUCCACUGCUUGAAUGUUCCCAUCUGGUGGGAUGGAAAGACUGAUAAGCUUAUCCAGAAUGUAGUGAUUUUCAAAGCAUGGAACGGACAGAUGUUUGAACCUGGUGGGCAGUACCAAGCAGAAGUUAUACAGGAUGACUGUUGGGUACAAGAUGGUCGUUGGCAUCAAACACACUUUGUAUUUCGCACACAGGAUCCAACUCAGCUGCCAGUUGUGAAUGUUUUUAACUUACCCAUAACUCAGCCUGGAAAACACUAUCAUCUUGAAAUUGGACCUGUAUGUUUCGUGUGAUGUGUGACUCUGGUGCUCUUCAGAUUUAAAACAUUUCAGCCUGAACUGUUUUUCAAGCCAUUCACCAAGUAAGGCCUGUGAGAGUAAUUCAGACUGAAUAUCAUUUGGGUCAUCUCUGUGAGACAGAUAUUAGUCAAGUUUCAUUGGUGAUCAGUACAUGCCUUUAAGUAUUUAUUAAGGGUCAGACUAGAAGAUGAAGGGCUAUGGGGAUCAUAAUGGGUAUAAACAGCUAAAACGGUGAAACAGAGUUAAAAUGACUGAGCAACUUCAGCAGAAGCUAAAGUAGUUCAGAAACUAAGAAGCAAGAAAAAAAAAUCUGUAUGGUAUCAUCUGUCAUAGGGAUUCCAGAUGAGGAAUAUAAAAUUUUAAAAUCAUCCAAAGAAUCUACUGAAAUAUAAAAAAGACACAUUCUUUUUAUUUCUUCAGAAGUGACAAAAACUCAUAACUGAACACAGCUUUAUUUAAAAAGCAUUGUUUACUUUUAGAAUAAUUAAAAUUUAAGAAUAGUUGUCAGUUUUUCUGACAAGUGUUUGUCGUUUAAAGAAAAUACUGUUGAAAUUCAGGUUAUGGUUGGAAAGUGUAUGGUAUUUAGAUAUGCAGUAUUGCAGUUUCAGAAGAGAAGCUCUUCCCUGGUGAGUACUAAUCAGCUUGCCGUCUCUCUUUUGUUUUACUAUAAAAAAAAUGAAAGAAUUAGUUCCGCAUAUGUACAACAACAAAUAUUCAGAUAUUAUGUCUGGCGGAUAACUGGCAGUACAUUUUAUUAGGGGUUGUUUUACCUCCUAUUAGAAGCCAGAGGUGCUACAAGAAAAAUGCCUUUUGCUGUCAUUCUACCUCCCUCUGUUCCAUUCCUAGUUAUCAGAUUGUUUUGUAGUUGAAUACUAUUUAAAUUGAUUGUUAUACAGGUGCUAUUUUUUACCAGCGAUCUAAAAAGAUAGCUUCUAUACAUUUUAUUUUUGUUUGGUGGGUAAGGGGGCAAACAACAGUGUAUGCUCUCUGUACUAACUUAACAACAAACUGCAUUUUUAAUUUAGACGUUUUUUGAUAAUUUAAAAGAUUCAUUGGUAAAUACAAACAAAUGUGUUUCUUUUGUAAGAUGACUUUAAAAUUGGUAUAUUUAGAAAUUCUUUUUCCACUUAAUUUUGUACAAAA